AUGGCGUCUCCUAUCGAGGUUGACCAAGCCGUCCCCGGCGACUCCAUUGAUGAGGGCUUGUACUCUCGGCAACUCUAUGUAUUGGGUCACGAGGCUAUGAAGAAGAUGGCCAGUUCCAACGUUUUGAUCGUCGGGAUGAAGGGUCUUGGUGUCGAGAUUGCCAAGAACGUCGCUUUGGCUGGUGUCAAGACUGUCACCAUCUACGACCCUUCACCUGUCGAGAUUGCGGAUCUUGGUACUCAAUUCUUCCUUCGCGAAGAAGACGUCGGCAAGUCAAGGGCCGAGGUUACCGCCCCUCGCCUCGCUGAAUUGAAUACCUACGUCCCGGUCUCUAUCCUUCCCGGCGCCGGCGAGAUCUCUCCCGAAAUGAUCGAUCCUUAUCAAGUCGUGGUUCUCACCAACGCCACCACUCGGAAGCAAGUUGAGAUCGAUGAAUACGCUAGGCAGAAGGGCAUCUACUUCAUCUCGGCGGAUGUGCGAGGAUUGUUCGGAAGCGUCUUCAAUGACUUUGGCAAGGACUUUGCCUGUGUGGACUCUACCGGAGAAAACCCCCAGAGUGGUAUCAUUGCUGCUAUCGACCAGGAUGAAGAAGGCAUCGUCACCUGCCUCGACGAGACUCGACACGGUCUUGAAGACGGCGACUUUGUGACAUUCUCAGAGCUCAAGGGAAUGGAGGCUCUCAAUGGCGGCGAGCCUCGGAAGGUGACUGUCAAGGGCCCUUACACCUUCUCGAUCGGCGACACUCGAGGCCUUGGCGAGUACAAGACCGGUGGUCUCUUCACCCAGGUCAAGGUGCCCAAGAUCCUCCAAUUCAAGUCUCUCAAGGAGAGUCUUGCCGAGCCUGAGCUCUUCAUCACCGACUUUGCCAAGUGGGACAGGCCUCAGACUUUGCACGUCGGUUUCCAGGCGCUCUCCGCUUUCUACGAAAAGAUUGGGACUCUUCCCCGACCUCGACAUGCUGGCGACGCUCAACAGGUCAUUGCUCUUGCCAAGGAAAUCCACGCUGCCAACAAGGGUGAAGGGGAUCUUGACGAAAAGACCCUCACUGAGCUCGCAUUGCAGGCUACCGGCGACUUGUCGCCCAUGGUCGCUGUCGUCGGUGGUUUCGUCGCCCAGGAGGUCUUGAAGGCUUGCUCUGCCAAGUUCCACCCCAUGCAGCAGAACAUGUACCUUGACUCGCUCGAGUCGCUCCCCACCAACCUUCCUUCCGAGGCCGAUUGCCAGCCCAUCGGCUCCAGAUACGACGGCCAGAUUGCGGUGUUUGGCAAAACAUUCCAAGACAAGAUUGCCAACAUCAAACAGUUCCUCGUCGGUUCUGGUGCUAUUGGCUGUGAGAUGUUGAAGAACUGGAGUAUGAUGGGCCUCGCUACUGGUCCCGAGGGUAUCAUCCAUGUCACCGACUUGGACACUAUCGAAAAGUCAAACUUGAACCGACAAUUCUUGUUCAGGGCCAAGGAUGUGGGCAAGUUCAAAGCGGAGAGUGCGGCUAGAGCCGUGGCUGAGAUGAAUCCCGAGUUGAAGGGCAAGAUUAUUCCGCACGAGGACAGGGUUGGUCCCGAGACCGAGGACGUUUACGGCGAUGACUUCUUUGGGGCCCUUGACGGUGUCACUAAUGCGCUCGACAAUGUGUCUGCUCGUCAGUACAUGGACCGAAGAUGUGUCUUCUACCGCAAGCCUCUUCUUGAGUCCGGUACUUUGGGCACCAAGGCCAAUACCCAGGUCGUUGUUCCCCAUCUCACCGAGUCCUACUCUUCCUCUCAAGACCCUCCCGAGAAGUCUAUCCCUUCUUGUACCGUCAAGAACUUCCCCAACGCCAUUGAACACACUAUUCAAUGGGCACGAGAGGCUUUCGACAGCUUGUUCGUCAACCCCCCCACCACUGUCAAUCUGUACCUCUCCCAGCCUGACUUUGUUGAGACUACUCUGAAGUCUUCUGGGCAGCACCAUGAGCAGCUCAAGCAGAUCGAAAAGUAUCUCGCCAAGGAGAAACCCAUCUCUUUCGAGGAGUGCAUUGCAUGGGCUAGGCUGCAAUACGAGCGGGACUAUGUAAACGAGAUCAAACAGCUGUUGUUCAAUCUGCCAAAGGAUCAGGUCAACUCCAACGGUACUCCCUUCUGGUCCGGACCGAAGAGGGCGCCGGAUGCCUUGGCCUUCAACAUUGACGACCCACUUGAUUUGGAGUACUUGAUUGCGGCCGCCAACCUGCACGCUUUCAACUACGGCCUGAAGGGCGAGCGUGACCCUGCCUUGUUCCGAAAGGUCGUUGAGGGCAUGCAAAUCGACGAAUUCAAGCCCAAGAGCGGUGUCAAAGUCCAGAUCAAUGAGAACGAGCCUGUCGCCAACGACAACGACGAGGAGGAGGACAUGGACGCUAUCGUCUCUUCCCUGCCUCCUCCCGCUUCUCUCGCUGGCUUCCGUCUCCAGCCUGUAGACUUUGAGAAGGACGAUGACAGCAAUCAUCACAUCGACUUUAUCACGGCUGCUUCCAAUCUGCGAGCGCGCAACUAUGGCAUCACCCUUGCCGACAAGCACAAGACCAAGCUCAUUGCAGGCAAGAUCAUUCCUGCUAUCGCUACCACUACUGCUCUUGCUGUUGGUCUCGUCUGUCUUGAGCUCUACAAGCUCAUCGACGGCAAGAACAAGCUUGAGGACUACAAGAACGGGUUCGUCAACCUGGCUCUUCCCUUCUUUGGCUUCUCUGAGCCUAUUGCCGCCCCCAAGCAAAAGUACAAUGAAACCGAGUGGACGUUGUGGGAUAGGUUUGAGCUGAACGGGAACCCUACUCUGCGAGAGUUCUUGGACUGGUUCAAGAACGAGCACAAGUUCGAGGUGCAGAUGGUUAGUCAAGGGGUGUCAAUGCUGUGGAGUUCUUUCGUGGCUCCUAAGAAGGCGGCCGACCGAAUGAACAUGCCAAUGAGCGAGCUCGUCGAACACGUGAGCAAGAAGCCUAUUCCCCCGCAUGUGAAGAACCUCUUGGUGGAGGUCAUGGUAGAGGAUGAGAACGAGGAGGAUGUCGAAGUUCCCUAUGUUUUGGUCCACAUCUAA